AGUCGCGGCGGCGGCGGCGGCGAGCGCUCAGGGAAGCAGGCCCCAGGCCGCGUGCGGCGGGCAGGCGGGCGGGGGGCAGCUGAGCUGUGGCCCGGAGCCUCGCGCCGCCCGGAGCCGGCGGCGGGCGGAGGCGGAGGCGGCAGGAGGAGGCGGCAGCUGCAGGAGUAGCGGCGGCGGCGGCGGCGGCGGCGGCAUCUCCUCCUCACAUGACCCCACUGUUUGUCCCCGUGAUCAGCGCGAGCGGCUCCCGUGUCUCCUCCGUCCCCUCCUGCCGCGCGGCGUGAGCGCCGGGCUCGGGCCCCCCCGGCCGCCCGCCCCCUCCCCUCCCUCCCCUCCCCUCCCCCCCCGCCCCCCCCAUGGACAUGCUGGACCCGGGUCUGGAUCCCGCUUCCUCGGCCACCGCUGCUGCCGCCGCCAGCCACGACAAGGGACCCGAGGCCGAGGAGAGCGUUGAGCUGCAGGAAGGCGGGGACGGCCCGGGGGCUGAGGAGCAGACGGCGGUGGCCAUCGCCAGCGUCCAGCAGGCGGCGUUCGGCGACCACAAUAUCCAGUACCAGUUCCGCACAGAGAGUAAUGGAGGCCAGGUGACAUACCGCGUAGUCCAGGUGACUGAUGGUCAGCUGGACGGCCAGGGCGACGCGGCCGGCGCCGUCAGCGUCGUGUCCACCGCUGCCUUCGCGGGGGGGCAGCAGGCUGUGACCCAGGUGGGUGUGGAAGGGGCAGCCCAGCGCCCCGGCCCUGCCGCUGCCUCUGUACCCACAGGUCCUGCAGCACCCUUCCCGCUGGCUGUAAUUCAAAAUCCAUUCAGCAAUGGUGGCAGCCCGGCGGCCGAUGCUGUCAGCGGGGAGGCACGGUUUGCUUAUUUUCCAGCAUCCAGUGUGGGUGAUACCACAGCUGUGUCUGUUCAAACUACAGACCAGAGCCUACAGGCCGGAGGCCAGUUCUAUGUCAUGAUGACACCCCAGGAUGUGCUUCAGACAGGAACACAGAGGACAAUUGCACCCCGGACACACCCCUAUUCUCCGAAAAUUGAUGGCACCAGAACUCCUCGAGAUGAGAGAAGAAGAGCUCAGCACAAUGAAGUGGAGCGGAGAAGGAGGGACAAGAUCAACAACUGGAUCGUCCAGCUUUCAAAAAUCAUUCCAGAUUGUCAUGCAGACAACAGUAAGACAGGAGCGAGUAAAGGGGGCAUCCUGUCAAAGGCUUGCGAUUACAUCCGGGAGCUACGUCAGACCAACCAGCGCAUGCAGGAGACCUUCAAGGAGGCAGAGCGGCUGCAGAUGGACAAUGAACUCCUGAGGCAGCAGAUCGAGGAGCUGAAGAACGAGAACGCCCUGCUUCGAGCCCAGCUGCAGCAGCACAACCUGGAAAUGGUGGGCGAGAGCGCCCGGCAGUGAUGCCCGGCAGUGAUGCCCGCCAGCUCACCCUUCAGCUGCUGCCGGCCUCUGCUGCCCCUCCCCCAGCCCUUAGCACAGAGAGGGAGAUGCCCCUCCCCAAGCUGCGUUUUUUUAUAGUAGAUUUUUAACAAAAACAAGGAGACAUAAUGCAUUUCUGUUGAUACAUUGCCCACUACCCUCCUCCAUGCGGGAACGCUGCCCACCUGCCCAUCUGUCCACCAGCCUCCCUUCUCAGUCCUCACCGGCCCAUCACUUAGAGUGGGCUCCUCAGGAGGAGCAAGGGAGGGGACAGAGGCCCCGCUGCCCGCGGCCUCCUUGGUCUCUAGAGGUAUUGAGACAGGGUGCUUAUGGGAAGGAGGGAGCUUUGGGGAUGGGGGCCUUCCCUGGGGCCUGGACCUAUGCAGGGAGGCCAUGCCCCCCACCCCUCUUGUUUCUGGAUCCCUACUCCCCUCUGGGUGUGUGGGUGUGUGUGUGUAUGCGCGUGUGUGCGUGUGUGUGUUUUAAUUUUCUUUAUGGAAAAUGGACAAAAAAAAUAGAGAGAGAGGUAUUUAACUGCAAUAAACUGGCCAGUGUGGCCCCGCCUUGUC